AGCCCUAGGGGAGGGAGUGUUAAAUAAUGGUCUGUGUAAACUGAUGCUCGUGCAGUAAGAGUUUGGAGAAGUGCUGCUUGUACAAGUUAAAGCAGGCAGCGAAGGAAAGAGCCACCAGAUAAAAAGCAGCUGCGGGAGCAAAGUGGACCUUUCCGAAAUUAAGACAAUGUCUUUCUUCACGAGAGUUUUGACAAUGGAAUGCAAGCGGGCGCUCGAAUCUGAGAGGACUUACUUUUACCAUGCGGUUUUUGCCAGCAGGUUUCACCAGCUGCCCAAACUCGCCGGCAGCCAGACGCUGGAGAUGCAGAACGACUCGGCGGCAGCGGCGGCGAACAAAGGCGAGGAGCCGGGGGCAGAGCCGGGGCUGCGCACCCCGCGCCGGCGGAGCAGGGUGAAGAGCCUGCACGAAAUGCCCGGACCCAACACCCUCUAUAACCUCUACGAGUUCUUCUGGAAGGACGGCUUCGGCCGCAUCCAUGAAAUCCAGCAAAAACACACUCGGGAAUAUGGAAAGAUCUUCAAGUCUCACUUUGGUCCCCAGUUUGUUGUGUCCAUUGCAGAUCGAGAUAUGGUUGCUCAGGUCCUCCGGGCAGAAGGUAGAGCACCACAAAGAGCUAACAUGGAAUCCUGGCAGGAAUACAGAGACUUACGAGGGAGAGCCACGGGACUUAUUUCUGCGGAGGGGGAACAAUGGCUAAAAAUGAGAAGUGUACUGAGGCAAAAAAUUCUUAAACCCAAAGAUGUGGCUAUUUACUCUGAUGGAGUCAAUGAAGUUAUCGCAGACUUAAUUAAAAGAAUCCACACCCUCAGAACUCAAGAAGAUGAUGGGGAAACAGUGACCAAUGUUAACAACCUUUUCUUCAAGUAUUCAAUGGAAGGUGUGGCAACUGUUCUGUAUGAAUGCCGGUUGGGCUGCCUGGAAAACAACGUCCCACAGCAGACUGUUGAAUAUAUUGAGGCUCUGGAGUUGAUGUUUAGUAUGUUUAAGACCACUAUGUAUGCAGGUGCUAUUCCCAAAUGGCUUCGUCCACUUAUUCCAAAACCCUGGAGAGAGUUCUGCAGAUCCUGGGACGGACUCUUCAAAUUUAGUCAAAUCCAUGUUGACAACAGAUUGAAGGCUAUUCAGUCUCAACUGGAUCAAGGAGAAGUGGUGAAUGGUGGGCUGCUUACAUACCUCCUAGUGAGUAAGGAACUUACGUUGGAAGAGAUCUAUGCCAAUAUGACUGAAAUGCUUCUGGCAGGAGUGGACACAACUUCUUUUACGUUGUCCUGGGCAACAUACUUGUUGGCAAAGCACCCUGAGGUUCAACAGCGUGUUUAUGAGGAAAUAGCCAGUAAGCUGGGGAAAGAAAAAGUUCCUGUUGCUCGCGAUGUCCGCAAAUUGCCUUUGAUUAGAGCUGUGCUGAAAGAAACCUUGAGGUUAUAUCCAGUAUUGCCAGGAAAUGGAAGGGUGACCCAAAAGGACUUGAUUGUUGGAGGUUACUUGAUACCUAAAGGGACGCAGCUGGCGCUCUGUCACUACACCACUUCAUACAGCGAAGAAAAUUUCUCCAUGGCAAAUGAGUUCCGACCCGAGCGCUGGCUGAGGAAAGAUAAUUUGGACAGAGUAGACAAUUUUGGUUCCAUCCCCUUUGGUUAUGGCAUUCGAAGUUGUAUAGGAAGAAGAGUUGCAGAGCUGGAAAUUCAUCUUGCACUGAUUCAGUUGCUUCAGAAUUUUGAGAUCAAAAUUUCUCCCAAAACUGUACCAGUUCGUGCCAAAACCCAUGGACUUUUGGCUCCUGGAAGCUCCAUCAAUGUGAGGUUUUCUGACAGAAAGUGAGACUCAAACGUUUUGGAAAUACCUGUGAGAUUUUCAUGGGAACAGACUUGCAUCUUAUGGAUGUUUAAUCAUGCUUGUUCUGUGGUUUGUAGGUAUUUGGCGAAAUGAUCAAGUAUGUUCUGCCUUAGUUCUAGCAGUACAGAAGAGAAAUUACCUCUCCUGUAAUAGAUAAUUACAUAUAUGAAAAUAUAUACUGAAAAAAUUUCCUUCUUGCGUUGGGAAUCUCCCUUUACCUGGAAAGAUUUCUAGUAAAACACAUGCAUUGGAAAAAAGAAAAAAUCAGACAUGUCGGUAUUCAGUGGUUUUGUUACACCGAUUUGUCACAAAAGUCAACUACUUAGUGAGUCUGUUUAAGUGCAAGAGGAUUACUAUAUACUAUGUGAAAAUUAGCUGCAUUUAUGAAUUAGUGUUUUCCUGCUUCUUGUCCUCCAGUGGUUUUUAAAAGGUUUCACCUAACAUUGAAAUUAUGAGAUCAUUUUUCUCUGGUCUGUGAAAAAAAUUACGUGUAUUAAAAAAUGAAUACAGUAAUUGAAAAGUAAAGGUAGAAAAAAUCCAAUUUACGUCACUUUGGUUAGACUCAAAAUCCAGAACAAUUAAAAAUUUAUCCAAACAUAAUCCCCAUAAAAUGUUUCUAUAUAUAUUUUUAAUUAAAAAUAUUAAAAUAAAAGUUUAAAUGUCACAUUUUAGAGCUAUGAACCCAGACACAGUCCUCAUCACCAAAGCAUAAACUGAGUGGAAUAGCACAAGCCACUUUCACUGUUCUAGUUAACGUUAUGCCAAAAAAACAAAUGUAGCAACUACUUCAUUUUUAUUUACAUUUUUGUAACUUAAUUACAAUACUACUAUUAACUAUCUUCACAGUUCUUCAACAGUAAGAGCUGCAAAGUUCCCUCUUUAACAUGCUGAACCCACAGGCAGGUGCACAGUUGCCUUCUGUAGCAUGGAAAUGGGACUACUGAAGUAUUUGGAGAUUUUUUACUCUCUGGUGUCUAAUACAAAGAGUGGACACCUGAAAGGUUGGGGGUUUUUAAUUAUUAUUUUAUUUUUCCUUUAACAAGUAACAGAAAAGUCUCUCUUGGUGAUACUUCAGUCUUUACACAACUUUAGUAUCACUGCACUAACCUCACGUUCUCAUUUUAGAGAGAAAUCUUAUACCUUGGGACCAUAUUAUGCCUUGAACGACGCUCAAACCUGCCUAUCAAACAUGAAAUGAACUAUGUAUAGUUGACCGUUUACAUGUCAGGUUCUGACUGUUGUUUGUGAGGUAGUUUACAAACUGGUAAUUGUAAACUUUCCAGACAUGUGCAGAGUUAGAAAAAAGUUGUGCAACUCAGUUUUUAAAAUGACAGUAUUUUUCUUUGCUCAUCUAGCUAUAAAUAGUCAGAGAUGGGUUACAAAUUCAAUAACUCACUGUAGUUUUAAUGGUGUACAUGAAAUUCCACAUUGCAGUCACAUUGUUGUGGUAUUUUGGUUACUUUUUGUAGUGCCUUUUCAAGAUCUUGACAAAAGAAAUAAAAUUCUCCUUUGUAUGGAUCUUGAGUAUAAGAUAACACUAAACAAAAAUUAUGUGGUCUGUGAGAAGAUUAAAUGUUUACAUGAUGACUUUAAAAUAUUCAUCCUGUAUUGAGUGUAUGUAUAAGAAAAACAGGUAAUCUGUGGAGGGCUCUUGCCUUGAAUGAGCUUGUCUUCUCAUGCUUACUUCCACGGCUUCACAUUAUUCCCUUUUCUUUCCCAUUGUCAUUUCCAUUUGUCCCCAUCUUAAACAGAAUGAAGAGUUGUAUUUGCCGGAGCCAGCUCACAUCCCAAAGAUGUUUUGCGCAGGUCGGUUUCAAAGUCUGUGGGUUGAGUAUUUGACUCUGUAACUCUGCCUGUUUUUGUAGACUUGGGGACCAAAGAGCCCAAUCCUUGAGUCUAGACUUGGAUUCUGUAUGGUGCCCUCCUUUUGAAUCCCCAUUACGUUAGAAACACCAGCCAUUGCUGUGUUGCAGGACAUUUGCUACUUGUUACCAGUCCCUAAGGAACACAUCCCUGUAGAACAGGGAACAGGCUCUUUAAGGCAUUUGAAUCUUUUUCAUGAAAACAGAAAGCCUGUGGUUUGUUUUAGUAGACCAUCUAUCCGUGUAAGUUGUCUUUUGUACGUAAUAAAAUAUUUAUACAGAA